AUGAAUGUGAAUAAACGAGCAAAAAUACCAAUUAUAAAAUGCGAUCAAUACCAGGAAUCGCAAAUAGAUCAAGAAAAAUUCCAGAAAGAAGAGAAUUAUUAUGGCUAUGCGUUGGACACGCUUCCGCCGGAAGUUUUGGAGAUGAUUCUUCGAUUACUUCCUCUUCAUGAUGUAGCCACUACCGUGCGUUUGGUUUCUAGACAUUGCUCUACGGUAGCGGCUGCAGUUUUAAAUGGAGCUUUUCUUACCGCCUGCACGAAAGUAGAAGGAUUGAUAAGACGUAAUGAAGAGCUAAUGAAAAAUGCAAAAACAGAUACCGAAUUAUUGGCUUAUAGCAAAGCUCUGAAUGCUCUAGAAUUGAUUAAAGCGCAAUAUAAAAUGUUACGAGCCGUGACGUGGAGAUAUACACAUCCACCAUCGAAGCAACAAAAAUUUUCGCGACUUUGUUUCUACGCGGGCAGUUUACUUGACAACCUGAAUGAACUUCUUAACCGAAUUGCAAACUAUCACCCAUCUAUUAUCGGUCCUCGUACCUCGGAAUCGAGUGUCACUUCUUUUAUAGCCGUCUGUAAACGAUUUAUGAAUUUUUUCGAAAAAGUCUCUGAGCGCAGGGUAAACAGUAGAUCGGCCCUAAUCUCCGGAUGCAAGGUCGUAGAUGUUUUGGAUUGUCUCGUAGAAGGUCGACAAGUACUAUUUUUCAAAGUAUCAUCUAACAGAAGAGGUCUCGGUGGAGCUGUAAGCAUGAAACUGAAAUACACAAUGAAACGUGCUUGGUUUACCUGUUUAGAAGUUACAAAAAAUACCGAAGAGAACUCUUGGAGGGACGAACAACGUUUCAUGUAUCUUCGAUUACGACGUCUAGUGGGUAGUGUGAACGAGCAUCUCUUCGAGAAUUUACAUUACGAACACGAACUACUCUUACAGAUUCCUUUGACACUUCCACUAAGACCUCCACCAGCUUCCACUUACUCGGGAUACGGAGAGUACGGUGGACGUUUCUUUUACUAUGGAAAUAUGAAUAAAUAUGCAUAUGAAAGUAAAUUUAUGCAUACAGUGAGCACGGCAAAUCUAACAGUCGAAACUGAACAACAGGUCCAGAGACCACCAUCAUUUGAUCUAGUGAUUGAGGUUGAUUUAAAGUGCACACCAGAAUUAGCGCCACUUGCUGUCAGAUCGAUUUUAAAAUCUGAUGAAUUUGAAACCAAUGAAUCAAAAACACACAAGAAUCAGCAGCUCUAUUUACGAAUGAAUGUCAUAUGCUCAGCGUCGAUAGCUAAUAGAUUACCUGGUAAUUUUGUGUGGGAAUUGCGUAGCCCACGAUAUGUAUGUCAAAAUUUGUGAAUUACCUCGGU